CUGCGCAUGCGUCAGAGGAUGUUUGAAGCUCUUCGCGAUGGCUGCCGACAGUGCUCAACUGUUAGGUCUGGUGGAAGAAUUUGUAUCGGGACAAGUUGACGGUUCAGCUGCAAAUGUCGCGACAGGUGUCAAGGCUGGACAGUUCUCCAUACUUCAACUGGUUGAAGCACUUGGGUUGAGUUUAACAAGCUCUCAGACUCAGACACGUGGCCGAGGGGUGCAGCUCCUCUCGCAAGUCCUGCAGGAAUGCUACAGCAGCCUUUCAGAGAGCGAAGUGAAGGACCUGGUGUUGUUUUACGAGAACAGGUUAAAGGAUCACUACGCCAUCACUCCGCAUGUCCUCUGCGGACUCACCGCUCUAGCGAAGUGCACAGUGCUGCCUUCUGGUGCAGCAGUUUCUAUUCUGAAAGCCCUUUUCCAGGAUGUGCAUGUGCAGUCCCUGAUGUUGACCGAACGCGCAUGUGUCUACAACAUACUCAUCAGUCUCAUGGACUCGAGAGAGGAAGAGCUGAAAGAUUUGGGUCCAGACUUUGUGUUUGGAUUUGUGCAGGCUGUCGAUGGAGAACGUGAUCCUCGCAACCUGCUGCUGGCCUUCCAGAUAGCCAGAAACAUCAUCUACAGAGGUUAUGACCUCAAUCAGUUUACAGAGGAACUGUUUGAAGUCACAUCCUGCUACUUCCCGAUAGACUUCACGCCUCCGCCCAACGACCCUCACGGCAUCACACAGCAGGACCUCAUCCUGGCUCUACGGGCCGUUCUAACAGGCACGGCACGAUUCGCAGAGUUCCUGCUGCCAUUACUUAUCGAGAAGCUUGACUCAGACGUCCAGAACGCCAAGGUGGACUCCCUGCAGACGCUGGCUGCUUGUGCACCUGUUUACGGACACAAAGAGCUGGCCGAGUUCCUCCCAGGCCUCUGGUCCUCCAUACGCAGAGAGGUAUUCCAGACGGCGAGUGAGCGAGUCGAGUCAGCGGGUCUCUCGGCUCUUAGUGCUAUCACAUCCUGCCUGUCUCGCACCGUCCUUACGUCAGACUCGGGAGACGCUCUGCAGACGUUCCUGGAGCUCGUCCUCCAAGACUGUCAGCACCAUCUGUGUGAGCCGGAUCUGAAGCUGGUGUGGCCGAGCGCUAAGCUGCUGCAGGCUGCAUGUGGUGCCUCCUACAGGGCGAGCCUCAUAGUGACGGCAGUGGUGCUGCCUGUACUGUUUGAACAGUACAACUCCAGAACUCAGUGUGCUCAUCGGCGCACCUUGUUGGAGGUGUUGCAAGGCUUCAUCCAGUCCACUGUGAGCAGCCAGCCUGCAGAACGAGAGGAGAAUGUGCUGCUCCCUUUCCAGAAGUCUCUCAGCAGCAUGGUGUUUUCUGCUCUGGCUGAGUCCAACGCAAAUCUUCAAGUCACAGCUACAAAAGUUCUUGCCGCACUGGCCCAGCAGCCUGGCCUUUUAGAGGAGACGGAUGUGGAAAUAGCAGUGGAUCACCUGACUAGGCUUGUUGUAGAAGAGGAUGAUGCGCAAGUCAGUUUGGCAGUAAUGGACUGCGCUGGAUCGCUGGCUCGUCUCCAUCCUGCUGUCUUCACUUCCCGAAUGGUUCCGAGACUGAAGGAUGAAAUAUUCACAGGAGACGCCUCCAGUCCCGCUCCGGGUCGGAGCAAAGCGGCAUCACGGGAGCGCUGUGUCCAUGCUCUGGCCUUCAUCUCGUCUCAGCUCAGCUUGGUGCAGGAGAGCGCACCUGUACUACUGCAGGCAUUAGCUGCUGCACACAAAGGUAGCAGCAGUUUCUCAACAGAGGAGGCGAUUUGGGCGUGUCUCAGUCUGCAGAGGAUAGCCGAGCACGCCCAACACACAGUGGAAAUCGGUGAAUUUUUCCACAACGUCGUCAUUCCACGAUUACUUGGUCUGUCCCUGCAUGCGGCUCUGGAGAGUCAAAAGUGCUCUGGACAUGCGAGUCCCCUCACAGAAGAGACAGUGCUUUCUGCUAUAGUUCCUGUCAUAAGCACUGCUUGUGCGGCGCUCCAACCAGAACCUGCUGCUCAUAUGGCUGCCCAGGCCAUUUCCCUGUUCUUAGACGGAGACGUGUCCUUCCUGCCAGAAAACGCCUACCCAAACCAGAUUCAGCUGCUCCAGAUCCAGUCAGACUGCUGCUCCCAGUCACAGAUGGUGUGUUUGCUCAUGGCCUCGGUGUGUUCCCUUUCACAACAGGUGGAGAUUCCUCACAUCGACAGGCUUCUAGUCCAGUUGGAGGAGCUGAUAUUCACAUGUACACACCCGUUCUCCUACACAUCCGCAGCAAAGUGUUUCGCCGGCCUGAUCAACAAAAGAGCAGCAGGCCAAGCCCUGGAUGCUGUUCUGGAGAAGACUUUGAAAAGAAUAAAUACGACGUUAGACUGUGAAUCCUCGGCACAGCGAGUUCAAGCCUUCACUCUACUAAUAUGGGUGGUCAAGGCUUUGCUUCUGCGUUACCAUCCUCUAUCUGUCAACUUAAUUGACAAGCUCUUCUGCCUUCUGAGUGAUGAUCAGUUAGGUUCUCAGGCAGCGGACAGUUUCUCGCUACUCAUGAGCAAUUCUCCAGAUGUGCUGAACCGCAGCUGCCAUGCUAACGUGCGCAUUAUGUACCGCCAGCGAUUCUUUAACGAGAACUCUGCUAAACUUGUCCAAGGCUUCAACAGCGCAGAACAAGAGAAGCGGUCUGUGUUUCUGAAGGCCUUGUCACACAUCGUGAAUAAUCUGCCCAGACAAGUGCAACUCACAGAGCUUCCUGCUUUGCUGCCCCUACUUCUAGAAGCACUGUCCUGUCCCGAUGAGGCGGUGCAACUCUCCACUCUCUCCUGCCUUCAGCCAUUGCUCCUGGAACCUCCACCUGCUCUCACCGCACAGCUGGAGGCUCUUUUCACCCGCCUGCUCGCUCUAACCACCAGCCCUGCCAUGAAAGUGAGGAUUUCUGCCCUGCGCUGCAUCCACGCCCUCACCCACCUGCCUAGUCACAUGGUGUUGCCUUUCCGUGCCAGGGUCCUGCGCUGUCUUGCUAAGCCUCUAGAUGAUAAGAAGAGACUGGUGAGGAAGGAGGCAGUGGCAGCGCGGAGUGAAUGGUUUUUGUUAGGGAAUCCAGGAGGAAGGUGAAGUCCAGAGCAAAAAGCCAGUCACAAAAGUUCACCCGCCGUUUCUUCCAUACAAUCCUACUCAUUUGGUCGCCCCACAUCGCUCUAAUUAAUUCCACGCAACGGGAGUGAAGGUAGCUUCCUGUCUAGGCAUCAAGAAUACUCAAAGAGGAAGGAAUGUAUUAAUAUAACGCACUGAGGUGGAGGUGGAGCUCACUCCUGCCAUGUUUUCUCCCUGGUCUGAGAUGAACAUGGCCUAUGGAAUGUUUUUUUACUUUUUCACUACAGUUUCUUUUUGUAUGAACAAAAUUGCCCUGCUUAAAUUGGACAACUGAGCCAUCAAAAAUGCCAUUCUGUGAGAUUCUACAUAUGAGAGGAAAUCAAGAACUGCAGCAAAUUAUUUACAAUAUAAAAUAAAUGUUGUGCUGUCACACUAGGAAUGCUGAAAAAAAAAAAACCCUCCCACAUCACCACCACCACCACACAACUACCAGUCCUACCUAGUAACCGCUAACUCAGUUUGGUAUCUAGAUUAGAUUUAAUAAGACUAGUUAACGCAGGUGAUGAGGGACAAUAAGGUCUUGGUUGGAUCCUGAUCUCAGGUUACUGCCUGUGUAGAGAUUGACCUACUGGUGGUAGAUGAUUAGCUUUGCUAAAUUGCCCCUCAGGGUGAAUUUACAUAUGUACAAUACAUCAUGCUGGACUGACUUCCAAUUACAGGGUGCUUCCUUCCCACUUCAUGCACAGUGUUCCCAGGAUACGCUCCAUGUCCAUCAUGAUCCUGACCAGGAUAACGUUCUUACUGAAGAUGAAGUUAAUAAGCAUCAAAAAAUAUGUCUCGCUUACUUUCACUUUGCCUGACUGACUGCUUUAAAAACAAACAAACAAACAAACAAACAAACAAAAAAAAAAAAAAAGAAGACAUUUUCUGGAAACUUGCAAGUAUUGCAUUCUUUGUCUUUUCCAUAGGGUUACAUGUUAAAAAAUAUUUUAACCUUUUCUCAUAAGUUUGAUUUCCGUUCUCAGAGCCGUAGUCUCAAUUUGUUGUUCGUUUCAUUUCACUGGAAAGACUAACGCCGAAGCCUCACAAGAUUGCCAAGGAUAUAUAUAGCGGACGAUAUUUAAUGUCAAUAAAUUUUUGUAAAUGUGUAAAAUGGAAUUAAACCCCAUUAUUAUA